AUGAAACUUGAAUUGGGUAAAAAAUGUUUGAUAGAACGAUUUGAGUUUAAAGUUGACAGAUCGUCUAAAACACGGUACAAAGUGUCAUGUUCUGUUGAUGGUUGUGAGUGGCGUUUUAGGGCAUACAGCUUUGCUGGUGAUAGCGCAUUUUACGUUAAAUAUUUUAACGAUAAACACACUUGUUCAAAGACGCUCACACACCCACAUUUUCGUCAGGCAAACCCCCAAGUUGUGGGUCAUUAUUUAGUGCCUCAAUUAAAAGACGGUGGUCGAAUUUAUCGCGGAAACGAGAUAAAUUCCGAUUUUAAACAAAAUUUAGGAGUUGAUAUUAGUUACAUGCAAGCAUGGCGUGGAAAAUGUCAUGCUUUAGAACUCUUGCAAGGUACAAGCAGAGAUUCUUUUGCCGAACUCCCAAUCUAUUGUUACAAUUUGGAGCGGGCGAAUCCGGGAACGGUGACUCACAUUUGGGUUGACGACGAGAGUCGGUUUGAAAUGGUCUUUGUGGCUAUUGGUGCAGCGGUUCGUAGUUUUAUGCGUAAUUUAAGACCUGUUAUUAUUAUAGACGUUGCCCAUUUGAAGGGUGAAUUUAAAGGAACAUUGUUUUUAGCAGUUGGCAUGGACGGAAAUAACCAGAUUUUACCAAUUGCCUAUGGAAUAGGCAAAUCAGAGGAUGGUGCUUCUUGGACAUGGUUCCUCUCAAAGCUUAAAGGCUGUGUUGGUGAAAUUCCAGAUAUGGCAAUCAUAUCGGAUAGGGCCAAUUCAAUAAAUUUAGCUGUAAGCAACGUGUUUCCACACGCUUAUCACGGUCUCUGCUGUCGACAUUUAAUGGUGAACUUAAGUUUACCGUCGAAUAAAAAAAAGGAAUACGAGAGCCUCUGGUGGAAGACAUGUAAAUCUUACCGGUUGUCUGAUUUUAAUGAGUCUUUCCACACUCUAUGUCUUGUAGUUCCUAGAAUACGGAACACUUUAAUAAGUAUCGGGUUUGGACGGUGGGCAAGAGCGCAUUGUCCCGGCAAUCGAUAUCAUUAUAUGACAUCUAACAGUGCAGAGUCAAUUAACGCUUUGUCUAAAGACUAUCGUAAAUUGCCAGUAACCCAACUUAUUGAAUUUUUCCGUCAAUCUGUUCAAAAAUGGUUCUAUGAUCGUCGGCUGGAGGGAAUUAAGGAAAGACAUGAGCUUACCCAGUGGGCUCAAAAAAAAUUGCAAAGAAAAUUGAUGGGUCUAGAACUUGGACUGUCGCUGGUGUAG